UUCUUUCAAUUCAGUUGGAACUGAAUAAGAACCAGAACUGAAAUCAGUUUCAUCUUCUUCUUAAACCUUCCUUUUUCUGUUUCUCUCUCUCUCUUUAUUUCUUUUUUCAAUUCAGUUGAAACUGAAUCAAAACUGAAAUCAGUUUCAUCUUCCUUCUUGAACCUUCUUUUCUGUUUCUCUCUCUAUCAUACAAAAAUGAAACCCAUUCUCUUCAAACCUUUAUUCAUCUCUCUAAUCUUCUCUUUCUCUCUCCUCGCCUUUCUCACUCUACAAACCUCCCGCCGCCGCCUCAAACCUCCCGCCGCCGCCGUCUCCGCCGGCGGUGACGCCGACUUAAGAAUCCGAUCCGGUUACUCCUCCUACGACGCUUACCUCCAUCACCAACUAAACAAAACCCUAAAUCCAAAGCUCCGAACCAUAUGGAAAACCCGAGAUUGGGAUCGCAAAGUCCGAGUCUUCUCUCUCUUCUUCACUAGUCUGAAAGAAAGAAAUCUUCUCUCAAACAAUUCCAAAUCUCUCUGCAUAGGUGCUCGGGUCGGUCAAGAAGUUGCCGCUUUAAAACGGGUCGGAGUAUCCGAUUCAAUCGGGAUUGAUCUAGUACCUUACCCACCUUUGGUUAUUCAAGGUGACUUUCAUUCUCAACCGUUCGAUGAUGAGAAUUUUGAGUUUGAGUUCUCGAACGUGUUUGAUCACGCGCUUUAUCCUGAGAAAUUUGUUUCGGAGAUCGAACGGACGUUAAAGCCUGGAGGGAUUUGUGUUUUACACGUGUCGGUAUCUAAACGGACUGAUAAGUAUUCGGCGAAUGAUUUGUUUAGUUUGGAACCGUUGAUUAAGUUGUUUGAGAAAUCUGAGAUGAUUGAAGAAAGAAGAAUUGAUGGGUUUGGAUUGGAUAGGGAAGUUGUUUUUAGGAAGAUGGUACAUUCUAAGAAUGGACGGCUGUGAUCAUCUUUCUUUAUCAGGUAAAGGAAACUCAGAUUAAUACAUUUUAUUAUCAUACAACAUUUGUUACAUUAAUUUGUAUUUAAUUUAUUAUUUGAAUAAAAAUUAGAUCUUAAUUAAUAUAUAUAUUGGUAAUUGUUUUUUUAUUUAAU